AUGGGGGAGGCCCGGGUGACCGUGUCUGGAGAGGCGCGUUGGAAAUAUUUAUUCUCUCCGUUCUUUGUUUCUGAUAGCCAUUCCACAGACUUCGAAGUCCACAGAAACUGGCUCGCCAUCACCCACAGUUUGCCGGUGUCACAGUGGUAUUAUGAGGCGACCUCCGAGUGGACCUUGGAUUAUCCUCCCUUUUUCGCCUGGUUUGAGUUUGCCCUGUCCCACGUGGCCAAGUAUUUCGACAGAGAGAUGCUGGCCGUCCGCAACCUGAACUACGCCAGCCCCCGCGCCGUACUCUUCCAGAGGCUCUCGGUCAUCCUCACGGACCUCCUCUUUGUGUAUGCCGUCCGAGAGUGCUGCCGGUGCGUGGAGGGAAAGAAAAGCGGGAAGGACCUCACGGAGAAGCCGCCGUUCAUCCUGGCGGCCCUGCUUCUGUGGAACUUCGGCUUGCUGAUCGUGGACCAUAUCCACUUCCAGUACAACGGCUUUUCCGGCCUGAUGCUGCUGUCCAUCGCACGGCUCUUUCAGAAAAGGCAUUUGGCGGGAGCCUUCGUCUUCGCCGUCCUGCUGCAUUUCAAGCACAUCUACCUGUACGUGGCUCCGGCUUACGGCGUCUACCUGCUGCGCUCCUACUGCUUCACCGCCAACAAGCCAGGCGGGUCCGUCCGCUGGAGCAGCUUCAGCUGGCCGCGGGCCGCCGCCCUGGCCUCCGUCGUCUGCCUCGUUUCCGCUCUCUCGCUGGGCCCCUUCGUGGCCUUGAACCAGCUGCCACAGUCCUUUCGCCCUUUUCCCUUCCAGAGAGGCCUCUGCCACGCCUACUGGGCUUCCAAUUUCUGGCUUUAUACAACACGGCGGACAAGUCCUCUCGGCUUGAAAUGCGGCCUUCUUGACCCGCGAGAAGAUCCCAGAGCGUCGAUGACGAGCGGCCUGGUCCAGCGGUUCCAGCACGGGGUCCUCCCGUCUGUGACGCCGCUGGCCGCUCUCGCCUGCACCCUGCCCUCUGUUUUCUGUCUUUGGUUUAAACCCCAAGGCCGAGGCUUCCUGCGCUGCCUGGUUCUCUGCGCGCUCAGCGCCUUCAUGUGGUGGCACGUCCACGAGAAGGCAUCCUCCUGCCACGGUGCCUUUUUCAUUUUUAGCCUCCUGGCCGUGGAACGGGCCAAGGACGCCGGGACGUUCCUGAUCCUGGCCACCACCGGACACUACUCCGUCUUCCCCCUGCUCUUCACCGCGCCAGAGCUUCCUCUUAAAAUCCUGCUCAUGCUGCUGUUCACCGUCUACAGCGUCUCCUCGCUCACAGCUCUGUUCAGGAAGGAGCGACCUCUUCUCGGGCAGAUGGAAACCCUGUACCGUGGCCUGGGGCUUCUGGGCGUGUGCUGCGAGCUGGUGUUCCCCCUCAGCCCCUGGGCGUCCGCCUUCCCCUUCGCCCUGCUCCUCACCUCCGCCUACUGCGUGGGCGUCGCCUACGCCUGGGGCAGGCUGUUACCUGUCCGUGCUGACCGGACCCAGGGCGGCAGGCCCAAGAGAGCCUGAGGGGCCCGGCCCCGCCGCGGACGGAGGCCGACUCGGCCGCAGACACGUCCGCGCUCGGCCCGGUCGUCCC